GGAAAACCAACGUCCGUCGCAGUCGCGUUGAUCCAAUAUUGUCGUGAAAAGUUCUGUAAUUAUUUUCGAUAAACCAUAUCGAGUAAACUUUAGUGCAAUAAAAUGGUAGCUGAUGUUCCUGAGAAUAUCCACCCUAGUGUGUUAACCUUGAUAAGGGAUAUUAAUUACGGGAGAAUCAAUGGUAGUUACAACAUCGUAGAAUCGACCGUAUCGCUAUUAAAGAAUAUCAUUAACAAUUCAGAAUGGCAUACCGCGGAAGAAUUGAUGAAAUUGAUCAAAGAAAAUGGAAAAGUUCUGAUCGAUUCUGUACCGAUAGAAUCGUCGAUAGGUAGUAUGGUUCGUAGGAUACUGAAAAUCAUCAGGGAAGAGUACAUAUCGGAGUUGAAACAUAGAACGGAAGAGACGGACCCUCAGGAAUCCCUUCAUAAAAUUCUUACCGCAGGAGGAGAUCAGGAAAAUGACUAUUCCCAUUCCGUUCCCUCUCUGAAGUCCGCACUCAUCGAACACAUUACAGAAUUUCAAGUCGAACUGGAAACUUGCUCGGAAAAUAUUACCGAGCAAGCCUCGGAACACAUUCACUCCAAUGAAAUUAUCAUGACACUGGGAAGAUCCAGGAUGGUUGAGGAUUUUUUGAAAAAAGCCACAGAGUCAAGGACUUUCGAAGUCAUCGUAGCCGAAGGUGCACCAUUUCUUAAUGGCCACGAAAUGGCUGUAAAUUUAGCCAAGGCAAAGAUUAAGACGACUCUGAUAUCUGACGUGGCGAUAUUCGCUAUGAUGUCUAGGGUAAAUAAAGUAAUAAUUGGAACUCACACAGUCAUGGCUAACGGAGGGCUCAGGUCUAUCACAGGAUGUCACACAGUUGCGUUGGCGGCUAAGCAUUAUUCUGUACCGGUUACAGUCCUACUACCGUUGUACAAAUUGUCGCCUUUGUAUCUCUGCUCGUACGAACAAGAUGCUUUCAACAAACACGUCUCUCCGACGCAAGGUGUUAUAGAUGGCACCAAUUCUCUACUGAUGGAAAAAAUUCAAGCCUACAACCCUGUCUUCGAUUACGUUCCACCGGAACUCGUCACGUUGUUUGUUACCAACACGUUAGUCAUCACUUUACACACAGCUUUCAAUGUGUGGCAAAUCAUUCCAACAUACUUUUUUUCUUUUCAGUGGAGGAAAUGCACCGUCCUAUAUCUACAGAUUGCUAAGCGAGUUGUACCAUCCCGAUGACUACGAAUUAUAAUACAUUGACCAUACGAAUAUGACAAUGAAAACGUAAUUAAUUUGGUAAAACUAAGUAUGAUGAUCGAAAUAAAAACUUCACUAUAUUUAUUAAUAAA